UCCGCACAUCGCUGCCCAACCUCCGGCUCGGUGACGGCAGAAGGUGGCAAUACUUGUUAGUAGAAGUAGCGGUUAAGCGCACCAGAUGAGAUUGGAUUGAAAGCGCUGCUGUGGCAAAAAUGGACCCGUGACAAGUUUGACUGGAUUGCCGAUUUUCUCAUCUCCUUGUGCUGCUUUGGACCCACGAACUAUUGAAUGUUGUAAGAUGCCAUGAUCCAGCCAGAGAAGGAUAAUCAUGCACCCCUAGUAGACAGCAUGGACACCAAAAGGCCUGCAGCUGAAAGGUGACCUCCAGACACUUCACCUCCCAAAAACGUUUGAAUAUGCCCGGACACAACAAUGAGUUCAAACAGCACAGACCCUGGCCUCUUCCUGACUGCAAACACCUCCACCCCGGCAGGCGGAGUCUACCCACAAUCCAAUGCUCUCCACCUUGGAGGAACUGGAGGUGGCCCCUGGUUGGUUUUUCAUGUGAAUACCCUGGAUGAUAAUUCAACGUCCACCAGCAAACUUUUAAACCUGACCCCAGAAUCCUCGGAGGGGAACGGAACUGCUGCCCUUGAACCCUUGGGUGGCCGUCAUGUUUGGCAGGUUGUUCUUAUUGUCUUGCUGACGGGCAUGUUGUCACUGGUCACCAUCAUUGGGAACAUCCUGGUAGUUGUUUCCUUCAAGGUCAACCGCCAGCUAAAGACGGUCAAUAACUACUUUCUGCUGAGCUUAGCUGUGGCUGACCUCAUCAUUGGGGUGAUUUCUAUGAACCUCUACACAGCCUAUCUUGUGAUGGGCUACUGGGCCAUGGGCAACUGGGCCUGUGACCUGUGGCUAGCUAUAGACUAUGUGGCCAGCAAUGCAUCAGUCAUGAACUUGUUGGUUAUCAGCUUUGAUCGCUACUUUUCCAUCACAAGGCCUUUGACCUACCGGGCCAAGCGGACCACGAAGCGAGCUGGGAUCAUGAUAGGCCUUGCCUGGUUUGUUUCUCUUGUUCUGUGGGCCCCAGCCAUUCUUUUAUGGCAGUAUUUUGAGGGUGAAAGGACAGUACCCCCAGAGGAAUGCUACAUCCAGUUCCUCACUGAGCCCACUAUAACCUUCUGCACAGCAAUAGCAGCCUUCUACUUGCCCGUGACGAUAAUGAGUGUUCUUUACUGGCGAAUUUACAAGGAGACCCAGAACCGAUCAAAAGAGUUAGCUGGUUUGCAGGGGUCGGGGGGCCGUGGUGCGAUAGGAGGCAGAGGUGGCAACAGUGCGGGAGACAGAGCCCAUUUUGUCCACCAAGCAGGAAGCUCUAGAAGUUGCAGCAGCUACGAACUGACCAGGCUAUCAAGGAGAAGGAGUACAUGCCGGGAGCUGGUUGGCCGUUUCCACUGCUGGCCUGGUGUACGUUCUUGGCGACCUGGUAGUAUCCGGCAGGGGGAGCGUGAUCCAGACCAGAGCAGCAGCGACAGCUGGAACAACAAUGAUGCUGCAGUCUCACUAGAUCAAUCUGGCUCUUCAGAUGAUGAGGACUGUGGAGGCAGAGAGAUGAUUUCAAAAAGUCAUGCUAUUUUCUCUAUUGUUCUCAGCCUGCCGGGCAUAAAAGCUGCUGUGAAUUCCCAACUUACAUCGUGUGAAGAUCUAGAUGCAGCCUCAGAGGAGGAUCCUCUCAGGGGAGCGGAGUAUAACAGGGACAGUAUCUCAACUCUUACUACCAACACCACUGCUGAAACUCCUGACGCCAAUGAUGCUGCAAACAGUUUGGACAAUAACUACCACCAACGCUUCUGCUCACGUAAGAUUCAGUCAAUGCCUACCAUCCAGUCGAACUCUAACCAAGGCUCUUUGGAUGAUCCCCAAACAACAACUACCACUGCCGCUGAUAGCACUACCACCAGCACUACCGUUAAAUCCCCCUCCGUCCCUUUGUCUUUCAAAGAGGCGGCUCUGGCGAAGCGUUUUGCUGCCAGAGCUCGGACUCAGAUCACAAAGAGAAAGCGCAUGUCGUUAGUGAAAGAGAAGAAGGCUGCGCAAACUCUUAGCGCCAUCCUCUUUGCGUUCAUCAUCACAUGGACACCCUACAACAUCAUGGUAUUGAUCAAUGCCUUCUGCAAAGUGUGCAUACCAGAGACCCUGUGGGCAGUAGGGUACUGGUUGUGCUACGUCAACAGCACGGUUAACCCUAUGUGCUAUGCACUGUGCAACAAGACUUUCCGUACAACUUUUAAGAUGAUAUUGAUGUGUCGCUGGGAUCAGAAAAAAAGGAGGAAGCAACAGUUCGAGCAGAGGCAAUCAGUGGUCUUCCACAAAAGGAUUCCCAGGGAGUCCACGUAAAGGACUUAAUGUUUGAACUGUUGAUAACAGAGAAUCUGAAGAUUAAACAUAGGACAAGGAAAAAGAAGAGCAACCUUUUGAUGUUUAUGUGGAGUUACUUUGCUUAGAAAUCCUUGAUGUGUUUCUAUGCUGGUAUGUCAAGCACAGCAAUCUGACAUAGCAGACUUGAGGUAUGUCUUUGUACAUUUGUUUAGCAAAGAUGUGUAUUUGCAUUUGAGGCUGUAUGAGGUGAAGUCCUGAGAUGAAAGCCGUCCCUCUGUCCUUGAGGAACUAUUUACUACUUCACACAAGAACAGCUGAGAAAGAAUGAACUGAAAUGAUAGAAAAGGGCUUUUAAAUGCUUUGCAGGAGAAUUAUUGAAGUGCAAUUGACAAAAGGUUAGAGGGUAUCUUCGUCAGGGGAUUGGGGAUUUACAUUUUUUAUCAUUUCUCUCUGUAGUUAGCUAGAUCUGUAAUGUGCAGAGUGGUUUUGCAUUUCAAACAAAAUGAUAUAUCUGUAAAAUGUCACUGAAAGCUGAGACAGAAAGUUCUUUUGGUUCCUAGGCUUUUCUGUUGACCUGAUUUGACAUGCCGUUCUACACUUGACUGGUAUGUGUUUUUAUCAGAACUUGUGUAAAUUGCCUUUCUACAUGGAUAUAGCUUUCCUGUGUCUGAGUGAGUAUUAAAAAGUCCCUAAAUUGUGUCCUUACUUUCAGUCAACAGAGAUCUGUUAUUUUUGUGAUUUUCAUCUUUGGUUUUUCUAGAUAUUCCUGAGAUUUUGAGCCAGUCUGAAAAUGAUUCUUCUGAUGAACUGAGUUGUGAAUAUUUUUGUGGCACUACAGUCAGUGAACUGCUGUUGUGUUCAAUGUGAUUGUUGUGGUUUUUAUGGUGGAGACAAUGAGUACAUUGGUUGUGUUUUAUAUGUACCUGCGGUUCUCUGUCAUGAGUAAUGAUUAUAUGAUGAUAAUAUUCUGUUUGUGUACAUUUGGAUAUUUCUGACUUGAUACACAAUGAUUGGUUGCACACAUGACUAUGUCCAUUUAUAAAGAUGUGUGUGUAUUUUGCAACACCUUUUGAAUUUCUACAACGUGAAACAUCUGAGGAACUUUGUAAAAAGCCAGGCAUCUUUGGUAGAGCAAUGGCAGCCUCUAGUGGUGAGAGAGAGUCAUUGUCAGGGCUGUAAUGUUGUAAGUCCAACUUUUACAGUGCAGUAACACUAUUGAAUUUUGCCAACAUGGAGACAAAAAAGUGAUUAAAGGUACAAUAUUUUAAAAUUCUGUGAUCAUUUUGUCUUCAUAUGGUUUCAAUUAUUUUGAAAGAAGGAGAGCCAAUUCUUAAUUUACCAUGUGGGGUGAGAAUUAAUUUUGAUAAGUAGGUGGUUUGCUUCUUCUCCUAGUUCAAAACCUUUUAAAUGCUAAAGAAAAAAUGCUUAAUUCAACUGGAUUACUAAACGAUAAGUAGGUUUAUUUUAUGAGUGCAACACUGUUCAUAAAAGCAUGAUUUAUUAGCUGAAAAAAUGAAUUUGAAAUUCUCCAUGCCUUUUAUCAGUGCACUUUUUCUGCUUUCACUCAGUUUUCUUCAAAAGUCUUCAUAAAAAUAUGAAAUAUUUUUGGAGAUGUAGGAAGUUGACUUGCUAAAUGCGAACAUUUGUUAAACUGCAAGUAUGCCAACCAUUCAUAUUUGAAGUGAAUAAAAAAACAGAACUUUUAA